UUUAUAGAGUGAGUGAGAGUGGGGGAGAAGCAAUGAUUGGAACAUUCCUGAUCAUUCUCUCUGUCUGUUUAUGCUGCUCCCUGGAGAGUCAGGAGACGUUGAAACCUUUUGACCUGCUCUAUGAGGAAGGAAUCCAGGCGUAUUACAGAAAUGACUGGCAAGGUGUUAUUUACUACAUGGAAGAGGCGACUCGCAGCUACACACAGCAGAGGAACAUUAAAAUCCAGUGCCGGCUGCAGUGUGAGAAGGAGAACGAGUUCCAGGAAGCAGCCGAGCCCAAUCUAAUCUUCUUUGCAGUGAUCAUGAGAAGAGCCCAUUGUAUCCAGGAGUGUGAAUCACAGAGAAUGGGUCCAGCUUCCAUGUACAGGGUCAGUGAGGAGGUUGCACAUGAGUUCCAGAGGCGGAUCGUCUAUAACUACUUACAGUUGGCCUAUUAUAAGCUGGAUGAAUUGGAUAAAGCAGCUGAAGCAGCUCACACAUUCUUCCUGGCCAACCCCGAGCAUAUGGAGAUGAGAGAGAGUCUGGAACGUUACAAACAGAUGGAGGGGGUGAAGGAAUCUCACUUCAUUGAUCGGGAGAUGAGACCAUAUAUGGAGGCCUUUAGCAAUGGCUUGAAACAUUAUGAUGAAGAACAAUAUCCCUUAGCCAUUGAUUCAUUUGAAGAGGCACUGAGUCAGUACUGGCUGGCCGAGACAGAGUGUCGUGCCUUUUGUCAAGGACCACAACAGUUUGAUGCUAAUAGUUACCCAGCAAAGAGCUCCCACAUUUAUGAACUCAUAGCAGAUCACUACAUCCAGGUCCUUCAGUGUGAACACGACUGUGUGAGAGAGCUGGCAACGCGUGCUGGGAGACUCUCUCCCAUCGAGAACUACCUGCCCAUGCAUUAUGACUUCCUGCAGUAUUCCUACUUCAAGGUUGAUAAUUAUGAGAAAGCGUUGGAAGCCUCAAAAUCCUAUUUACUGAUCCGGCCAACAGAUGAAGACAUGUUAGAGAACCAGGAAUACUACCAGAGUGUGUUGGAGGGGCAAGUGGAUACGAACAAAAUUACCCCUCGACAGGAUCUUGUUUGGUUCAUGAAGCGCUAUGAGCUGGAGAAGGAGAUUCUUCAACUUGUCAGUGAUGAGCUGGGAUUCCUAUACUUGGAUCCAAUUAACUGGACUGUUUCUGCGGCAAAGGCGGAAGAUGAAAAUAAUUCUGUCAGGCGUUUCCUGGGUCAGGAGGAAUCUGCGAAGCAACUGGAGAUGAUGAUGAGCCAGAACCAAAUGACAGAGAAGAAAGGCGAGCAAGAUCUACAAGAAGGUGGACCCUUACUCUAUGACCGGGUGAAACUUGUCCGUGACUCGCAGCAGCUGAAUGGGAGCCAGCGAGUGCUCCUCGAUGAUGUCAUCACAGCACAGGAGUGUGGCGAGCUGUACCAGUUGGCCAGUUCCAUUGCCAUGGCAGGUGACGGCUACAGAGGGAAGAUGUCUCCACACACGCCCAAUGAACGAUUUGAAGGAGCAACUGUAUAUAAAGCCCUAAUGUACGGCUACGAAGGGCGGAUCCCAUUGCACAGAGCCAGGCUAUUCUACGAUGUUAGUGAGAAGGCACGGAAAAUCAUCCAAUCCUAUUUCAUGUUGAACUCCACGCUAUACUUCUCAUACACUCACCUGGUGUGUAGAACCGCUAUCGAAGGUCAGCAAGACAAUCGCAAUGACCUGAGUCAUCCAAUUCAUGCUGAUAACUGCCUGCUUGAUCCAGAUGCAAAUGAGUGCUGGAAGGAGCCACCAGCCUACACUUACAGGGAUUACAGUGCCAUUUUAUAUCUGAAUGGAGAUUUUGAAGGAGGAGAAUUUAUCUUUACGGAAAUUGAUGCUAAGACAAUCACAGCAGCUGUGAAGCCGCAGUGUGGCCGAAUGGUUGGAUUCUCAUCCGGAGAAGAGAAUCCACAUGGAGUGAAAGCUGUCACCAAGGGCCAGAGAUGUGCUGUAGCAUUGUGGUUUACAUUGGAUCCGCUCUUCAGAGAGUUGGAAAGGAUCAAAGCGGAUGAGGUUGUUGAGUUAAUAUCACUCGAUCAGAGACUGGACGACAGACUCACCAUAAACCCAAGGGAUGAAUUGUGAAAAUUUCUUCAUUAACAUAUUUAUUUAAUCUUCUCAGCAACCCUUACAGAAUGUUCUAAUUAUCUGUACAAACUGUAAAUUUUAAGAUGUUCAGAGAUUCUUUCUAACAGUUUUUUUUAUUGCAAAUUGAACUUUGUUGGAAGCUGA